AUGAACCCAGCAUUAGAGUAUUAUUAUGUGACGAAUUAUUCGAAUUGUGAAUUUCGUUAUAACUUUUUUGACUCUCAUCAAAGUAUUGUGUAUUCCUCUUAUGCUAUUCAGUUAGUUUCGAUACCUUUUCAAAUGCUUGCUUUCUACGUUAUCAUUUUCCAAACCCCAGUUGCUAUGAAAAUCUCCAAAACGCCAUUACUCAUUAACCAUACGUUUUGUGCCAUACUUGAUGUCGUUUUAUGUACCCUCUGCCCAUUAUACUUAUUUCUGCCAAUGACUGCAGUUUCUUGCAUUGGAUUGCUCAGCUGGUUUGGAUUACCUACGUUAUUGCAGUUGUCUAUCAUCUGUUUGGCAGAAAUAUGCGCCGCCUUAUCAUACAUCAAUCUUUUCGAAAGCCGUGCUAGCUCCCUUCUUGCCAACCGGUUCCGAAUAUCUAGUAACAAAUCAAAAAUUCUCUAUUAUUGCGCGGUAAUGCUCCCAGCUGUGUUUCUGACCCCUCUGCUCAAGUUUUUCCCUGAAGAUCAAGACGUUGCUAAACUAGAAGCAUUGAAGAUUUAUCCCUGCCCAACUCAGGAAUUUUUCACGACUUCAGUGUUCAUCGCCUUGAUUGAUCAAGUUGCAAUUCGAUAUGCUAUCAUUCCAUUAGCAUUGGCAGUGAGCAGCGUACUGGGUCAUUUUCUAUUUCAUAUGGUUUGCCUGGUGUAUUAUAUUUAUGUAGUGCCAUCUAAAUUCGUUUCCAAGGAGACACAGGGAAAACAGAAAACUUUUCUAAUCAGCAUUUUGUUUCAAACCUCCAUCCCCUUUGCCGUAGUGAUCAUACCACUUGCUAUUGUUUUCGCCUUCAAUUCAUUCGGCUACUAUUCUCAGAAAGCAAUGAACUUGGCUUUUUGCUGCGCACUACUUCAUGGUCUGUGCGAAAGUGUUGGCGUGAUUGUUGUGCACAAACCAUAUCGAGACGUGAUUGGUUUAAAGAUCGGAAGAUUGUUGUUCAAAAGGUCAGAAAUUUCCAUUCACGUUCAGCCAUCACUCACUCGAGCCAGUGGAAACCUAACUAAUUUUUGA